AUGGCGGACCCACCGACAUCAGGACCCACCGACCUCCCAAUACACCGAGAUCAGGACCCACCGACCUCCCGAUACACAGAGAUCAGGGCCCACCGCCCUGACCUCCCGAUACACAGAGAUCAGGGCCCACCGCCCUCUCCUCCCAAUACACAGAGAUCGGGACCCACCGCCCUCCCGAUACACCGAGAUCGGGACCCACCGACCUCCCGAUACACCGAGAUCGGGACCCACCGACCUCCCGAUACACAGAGAUCGGGACCCACCGACCUCCCGAUACACAGAGAUCGGGACCCACCGACCUCCCGAUACACAGAGAUCGGGACCCACCGACCUCCCGAUACACCGAGAUCGGGACCCACCGACCUCCCGAUACACCGAGAUCGGGACCCACCGACCUCCCGAUACACCGAGAUCGGGACCCACCGACCUCCCGAUACACCGAGAUCGGGACCCACCGACCUCCCGAUACACCGAGAUCGGGACCCACCGACCUCCCGAUACACCGAGAUCGGGACCCACCGACCUCCCGAUACACCGAGAUCGGGACCCACCGACCUCCCGAUACACCGAGAUCGGGACCCACCGACCUCCCGAUACACCGAGAUCGGGACCCACCGACCUCCCGAUACACCGAGAUCGGGACCCACCGACCUCCCGAUACACCGAGAUCGGGACCCACCGACCUCCCGAUACACCGAGAUCGGGACCCACCGACCUCCCGAUACACCGAGAUCGGGACCCACCGACCUCCCGAUACACCGAGAUCGGGACCCACCGACCUCCCGAUACACCGAGAUCGGGACCCACCGACCUCCCGAUACACCGAGAUCGGGACCCACCGACCUCCCGAUACACCGAGAUCGGGACCCACCGACCUCCCGAUACACCGAGAUCGGGACCCACCGACCUCCCGAUACACCGAGAUCGGGACCCACCGACCUCCCGAUACACCGAGAUCGGGACCCACCGACCUCCCGAUACACCGAGAUCGGGACCCACCGACCUCCCGAUACACCGAGAUCGGGACCCACCGACCUCCCGAUACACCGAGAUCGGGACCCACCGACCUCCCGAUACACCGAGAUCGGGACCCACCGACCUCCCGAUACACCGGGAUCAGGACCCACCGACCUCCCGAUACACCGAGAUCAGGACCCACCGACCUCCCGAUACACCGAGAUCGGGACCCACCGACCUCCCGAUACACCGAGAUCGGGACCCACCGAGAUCAGGACCCACCGACCUCCCGAUACACCGAGAUCGGGACCCACCGACCUCCCGAUACACCGAGAUCGGGACCCACCGACCUCCCGAUACACCGAGAUCGGGACCCACCGACCUCCCGAUACACCGAGAUCGGGACCCACCGACCUCCCGAUACACCGAGAUCGGGACCCACCGACCUCCCGAUACACCGAGAUCGGGACCCACCGACCUCCCGAUACACCGAGAUCGGGACCCACCGACCUCCCGAUACACCGAGAUCGGGACCCACCGACCUCCCGAUACACCGAGAUCAGGACCCACCGACCUCCCGAUACACCGAGAUCAGGACCCACCGACCUCCCGAUACACCGAGAUCGGGACCCACCGACCUCCCGAUACACCGAGAUCAGGACCCACCGACCUCCCGAUACACAGGGAUCAGGACCCACCGACCUCCCGAUACACCGAGAUCAGGACCCACCGACCUCCCGAUACACCGAGAUCAGGACCCACCGACCUCCCGAUACACAGGGAUCAGGACCCACCGACCUCCCGAUACACCGAGAUCGGGACCCACCGACCUCCCGAUACACCGAGAUCAGGGCCCACGAGAUUUUUUGUCUGCCAUACAAUUGA